AUGUUAAAAAAAAUUAUACUGCGGUUACUUCCCCCUGGGGAAGAAAACCGCACUGAUCCCCAUCUUCUGACCCGUAACCUUCAGUAUGAUAAAACUAUACGAUGCCUAAAAUUUAAAUUUUUUGCAACAGGCGGAUAUGACAGGUGUCCGUCGGUAAAUAGAAUGCUAUCAUUGUUGAUAUUAGGCAUCAUAGUUGCAGUUAAUGAUUCUAUAGCACGAACAAUAUCUCUACAAAGAAAGAAAUUUCUUUCUUCUGUUUGGUCUAUUCCACCUAAUAUCCAAAUUGUAUCCCUGGUAUCAUCGGAGCUUGUAAGAUUUCUAAUAAUCCCUUUACGUGACAAAACGCUUUCAUCAACUUCAACAAUUAUACAACAUCCUCCCGACACAACAGACCUUUUUUCAAAGUAG